UGUUCACUUCCUUUAAGCUAUAAGAUAGUAAAAACGAUUAUUAUACCGAUUAAACGAGAAAAAGUAUUUGUUUUUUAGGUAGAAGCUCAUAAAGACAAAAAAUCCUACUUAUGAACGAUGGUCGUUCAAACCGGUCAAAACCGUCUACUCUGCAUCUGGGGUCAAUAGCGGGUUUAUCAACUUUGUUCCUUGUAAUUGCGUGUUUGCUAAGAAUAUGAGUCUUGUUCAGUUAACAAAUCAGCAAACCGACUGUAUGCCUUGUACAGAAGAAGCAUUUUCGGUCGUUGAUGAAAAUAAUGGACCUAAAGGAAGAUGGACACCUCUUGGUGCAAAUGCAAGCCCUGAACCUAGUCACCAUGCAUUUGAAGAGAAUCACAUGGAUCAUGAAUUUUCUCCUGAGUCCGAAUUAUCCCGCCUAGCUGUUGAGAACGAGCACCUCAAUAAUUUAUUGAUGGCCUUUACGUCUCAUAUUGCUCAGGUGCAGUUUCGCUUAGGACAAGUAAUAAAUGCUGAGUCUGAUAACAGGGAGCUCAUGCUUAAAUCUCUUGAAGAAUUUGCUUCCAGAGGAAUUCCUGACUUACAAUCACUCUCAGAACAGUGUCACAAAUUUUCUUCAGAAUCACAAACUUGUUCUUCGAGUUUCGAUGGAAGACCUCAGAAAAUGAUUGAACAGCUAAGAAGGCAUCUUGAUGACCUGGAAAGAUUCGCUUAUGAGACUGGUGAACAAAGUGAACCUCCAACUCAGGCUAUUCUAGAAAAGCAACGUUUGGUACUAGAAGGUUUACGAGAGAAACUUGAAUUGAAUAUUUCCAAUGUGGACAAACUUCCAGCUUCUGAACUAAAACAAGUCGUAGACAAAGCUGUGAAUCAAUUUUUAAAUCCAGUUAAAGUUAAUGAAAAACUUGUGGAACAGUUGAAAACUCAAGUGAAUGAUUUAGAACGGUUUAUUGACUUUUUGCAUGGCUCUGGUGCAUGUAGUGAAGCUUUAGCUAAAGCAUUAGCUGAUUUCAAGCGUACACAUCAACAUUUAUCAGCGAAUUGUGAAGCACCAUCGUGUUGUAAUUAUUCUAAGAGAUCACAUACACAAAAUGAUGAUUAUAAUAAUGAUGAUAUUGAUCUAGACGAUAGUAGUACUUUUUCAUCACACAUUCAGCCUGGUGUACAAUUAGGACAUAGUCGUCAUUUACAUUCAGAUUAUCAACAUGGUCAUGCAAGUGAUGAUGAUGUUGAUGGCGCUGACGCCUAUUUAGAGGAUAUGACAACUACUGAAGAACAAGAAUUAAAGCAUGGACAAAAUGAAAGACGUGAUAACAAAAAAUCUCGCCUCACUGUAGUUAGUCUCAUUCAACGAGCUAUCGUUGUUCUCAACCUAUUUGCAGCAAGUCAAUUGGGUCAAGAUCCAGAUACAUUACUGACAAAAUUCAAAAUGAAUAAACAUCCAACUCAUAAAGUCGAUAAAUCGAAUUCAGCUACGGUAGAGAAAGCCAAAGCCCAACACUGGGGAACGAUUCGAGCUCGUCUUGAAGUUGCUAUAAAUUUGGUUCAAGAAAAAGUAGUUGAACUUAACACUUAUAAACUAAGUAAAACAUCAUCGGCCAAUUUAUACUCUACAUAUCAUACAAUACCAAAUAUAAUUCAAUCUUGUACAACACAACCAGAAAAUUGUCAUACAAUUCCUCUAGGACGUGAAAGUCCAGAUGGUAAAGCUAGUAUACCUACACAUAAUAGUAUGAUUAGACCCUAUGCAUCAACACGUAAACAUUUUAGUCAGGAUGAAGUUCCAGGUACUCAAAUUGCCUUGCCUGUGCAGAAUUUACAUGAUGCCAGUUUACGUGCAAUGUUAUAUGGUGGAAGACCAGAUCAAAUGUUUUCACAUUCAACUUUGUAUAAUGAUAGAAAUGAACUCACUUCAUGCACAGAAGAUAAUGAUGACGUAGAAAGCGACCAGUGUGAAACAUCAGAGUUUCUGUAUACUGAAGCUGAACGCACUGUUAUACAUGUUGUUCGUCGGUAUUUCUGUCCUGCUUUACGCGACCUCAUUGAACAUGGUCUUAUAAAGAAAGCUUUACCGAAAAUCGAUGAAAAUUCUCUUUUGGGCUUAGCAAAUAAACGAAGUAUUUUCCUCUUUCGUCCUAUCUUGAACUGCUUAGAUUCAAGAUCAAGAAAUCACUCAGAGGAUAAACUUGAAUGUUUAGAUUUGAAUGAUCCAUCAAAUGAUUAUAUCAGUACAAAAUCAUCAUCAGUACCUCAUCAUUCAAAUGAUUUAGGAAUUCAUGCAUGGGAUGUAUUGAUGCGUUUUUAUCAAAUUAAAAAUGGUCCACGAUAUAAUGAAUCUCCAGCGAGAAAACUUUGUGAAAGCUUUGAUUUAGAUAUAGUUGAUGGUAAAACAAUUACUAAUCGUCAGAAAUUCUUCAGUGCAAUGGGUAACGUUCUUCAGGGUCACGUGGCAUACAAACGCAGUAAAGAUGCAAAGUUCAAGGCAUUUAUUAGUAUUGCACUUAAUGAAGGAAAGUUAAUUUCUUGGCUAAGAAUGAUCUUUCGAAAUCAUGCUUUUGUUCAGUCUAUGUAUGAACCAUGGAGUUAUACUUUGAGUACAGGAUUCAACGAUACUUUACAGUCAUUGAUUAAAUUGAAAGAUCUCGAAUUCUCUUUGCCUUAUGAUUACAGUAUUCGUCAUUUAAAAGAAAUGCAUGAUGCCUUUUAAACUGUGAAAUAGAUUUCUAAUAGCCUAUGCUAAUAAUAAUUUAUUAUUUUCAUUUAGAUCUUUUUCUUUGUUUUCAUGUCCAGUAUGAUCAAACAUUUAUCAAAAACUAAUGAUUAAAUGGUAUUUUUGUUGUUGAUCAUUUUGUCUGCAGGUUUAUGUAUUCCAUCUAUCUAUCUAUCUAUCUAUCUGUUGAUGAUCGUAUUAUACUUGUCUUGUUUAUUUGUUUUGUUUAUACACAAUCUCACCUGUAUUUCAUGUCAUCCAUCAUAAGUAAUAACAAACUAUACUUGGCUUAUGUAUUCAUGUCUGUGUAUAUGUGUAAUUGGAGCAUGUAUCUUUGAAUUGAAUUGAAUUAUAUAUUAUUGUUUACAUUUUAUCACAAAAAAAACAAACAAACGAUAAUUGUUGUCUACUUGAUAGAUCUACUUACUAUAAAUAUAUUUUUUAUUCUGUAUAUUAUUAUUAUAAAAGAUUGUAUAUUUGUGUCCAUA